CGGGUGAAGUCCCGCCUCUUGGUUCGGUGUGAGCAGUCAGGGGUGCAGGCAAUGCUGUGAGUCAGUGCGGUGUGUGACCGUGAGGGAGAAGGAAGGUGCUGAGGCGGAUACGCGUCUACCCCGCCUCCUGGGGCUGCCAUAGAAACAACCCCGGCUCUGUUGUGCGUCCCUUUCCUCAGCCCUGGGCACGGUGACUGCCUCUAUGGAGGACGCGCUGCCCUCCGGACUGCUGGAGGUGUGCGCCCUGGUGGGAGCCCCCGCCGACAGGAUCCGGGAAAUAGACAAGGUUGCCCAGAAAGGAAUAAGAAGUUCUCAAGUUUUAGAGCCAGAAAUCAUCUCUAUAUUCGUCCCACCCUUUACAUCCAAAGAGGAGACCCCAACAGCCCCUUCUGCCCAGAACUAUCAACGGUUAGCGAAGAGGCGCUCCUUCCGGAAAAAGAAAGACAAGCCCAAGUCUGAGCACGGGUCGGAUAACAAAACGGACAAGAAAGACGCGCCUGCCGAGGACAUCACAGUUCCUAAGGAUAUAGAUCUUGAUGGCUUGCCGCAACUGUGCUUUCCAGGAGGCCUUCAACCUUCGUCAGAUCCAAAAGAGCACUCUUUCCAUUUCUUAGUUUUUACAGAUGUUAUGGGGAAGAGGACGUAUGGAGUGGUCAUGCAGUACUAUAGAUCUGUGCAGGAUACAACAAGCCUUCAUAAUGGACAGAUAUACUGGGAUUAUAACUCAAGUCAUACGAAGGCCCGGGACACCUUUGUUCCGUAUGCAUUGUGUGUCAUAUCAAGGUUUCCAUACUACAGCGCACUAAAAGAUUGUCUUUCAUGCUUACUGAUGCAGCUGAAAUCCUGCAAGGAUUCCGAUACAGAUAAUCGCAUCAAGGAAUUUGCAGCAAAACUGUGCCUGAUACCAAGCCCCCCACCCGGACCCCUCAAUUUGGUGUUGAGCAUGAAACCUCUUCAGAUCGUUUUCCCAUCAAGAGAAGAUUUAGACAGUCCAUUAAUCGACUUCGAUCUUCACCUUCCUUUUCUGUGCUUCAGUCCCAAGCAGGUGUUAGAGAUCAUGUCGUGCAUCCUGACCGAGCAGAAAAUUGUCUUCUUCUCCUCUGACUGGGCCCUUCUCACACUCAUCGCUGAAUGCUUUAUGGUUUACCUGUACCCCAUGCAGUGGCAGCAUACAUUUGUGCCAAUUUUGUCACGUCAGAUGUUGGACUUUAUCAUGGCGCCAACGUCCUUUUUAAUGGGGUGCCAUCUGGAUCACUUUGAAGAGGUUAAGAAGGAAGCAGAGGAUUUGGUACUAAUCAGCAUUGAUGGUGGGUCAAUAUUGUACCCCCUGCCUACUGAAGAGGAGGGAGAGGUUCCCGAUGUUCCUGUAGAAGCUGCAGAAUCCUUCAUACAGAGGGUAGAGAGCCUUCAGAUGCACUAUGACUUGGAGUUGGCCCACCUCGGUGCUUUCAUGGAUCUUGGCGAGUUACGAAUGCGCAAGAGAAUGUGGCAGCGAAAUCUCAAUAGCGAAGUGCAGAAAAUCACCCUGCAGCUUAUUGUGGACAUAUUCAGGGAUGUAAAAGCCCACCUCAAUUUUGAACACCGAGUAUUUAACAGUGAGGAAUUCCUGAAAUCCAGAGCAGUGGGAGACCAGCCAUUUUAUAAAAAGGUCUUAGACACAUACAUGUUCCAUUCAUUUUUAAAAGCUCGUCUGAAUAAAAGAAUGGAUGCUUUCUGUCAGAUGGAGUGGAACACGUCUUCUGAAACAAAUGGACGAUUCAGUACGCUGUUUGACAGCCCAAGAAGGGCCACCGCAAAAUUGAAGCGCUUUCGGCCGGAGCACAUGUUCAGUAAGAAACUUGUCAUAAGUAUGCCGAAUCUGCUAGAAGCUAAAGAGACUGAGGUUCCCAGGCAGUGGUCUCUCAGGAGGCCAGACUCUACUAACGACCUGAAAUCAUCAACAAAACCUGUUUAUACUUUCAAGCUGCCGGAAAUAAAUUUCCCUCUUUUGGGUCGGUGUGUGCAAAACUACUACACAGAGCUGAAUAACUACCUCAACAAAGAGAUUGCCUGCCUGCCCCCCGAUAACUCUACCCUGCUUGCCCGAUACUAUUACCUACGCGGCCUGGUCUAUUUAAUGCAGGGAAAACCGGUGGUUGCACUUUGUGACUUUCAGAGCUUGUAUAAGACUGACAUUAGAAUCUUCCCGGUCGAGUUGGUGAAAAAGGUUGUGGUGUCGUUAUCGGCGUCCGAGCGGCAGCAGGCGGAACGCAGGCCGGAACUCAAGAGACUCAUUAGCCAGGUAUUGGAAACGGAAAGGGAGAUGGCCAAGUUGGACGACCACGUAAAGAAGUUUUCCUUGCCAAAGACACACAUGCACCUGGAUGAUUUUGUGCGUCGCAUUCAGGAAUCGGGGAUUGUCAAAGAUGUCGAAACGAUUCAGAGACUGUUCGAUGCUUUAACUGUAGGUCACCAGAAACAGAUAGACCCAGAAAUUUUUAGGGAUUUCUACAAUUACUGGAAGGAAACAGAAGCAGAAGCCGAGGAGAGCCUGCCUCCCCAAAUAACAGAAAACCUGGAUAAGAACGAGUGUGUCUACAAGCUGUCCAACUCCGUCAAGACCAACUACGGGGUGGGGAAGAUUGCAAUGACUCAGAAGCGCCUGUUUCUCUUGCUGGAGGGAAGAUCUGGCUUUGUUGAAAUCGCUCCAUUCCGAAACAUAGAGGAAGUUAGAAUCACCACUGUAACCUUCAUUGUGAUGAGGAUACCAACUCUUCGAAUAAAAGCCUCAACCAAAAAAGAGAUCUUUGAAGCCAACCUGAAGACAGAAUGUGAACUGUGGCACCUCAUGAUCAAAGAGAUGUGGGCCGGCAGGAAAAUGGCUGACGACCACAAGGAUCCGCAGUACAUCCAGGAGGCGCUAACGAAUGCCCUGCUGAUGGAUGCAGUCGUCGGCUCCUUGCAGACCACAAAAGCCAUUUAUGCUGCUUCUAAACUUUCCCACUUUGAUAAGAUGAGGAACGAAGUGCCCAUGAUGGUCCCAAAAACAACUGCAGAAACCUUAAAGCACAGAAUUAACCCUUCCGUUGGCGAGACUGUCCCGCAGUCAGUGGAUGUGCUGCUCUAUACACCAGGCCAACUGGAUGCUUCCGGAAGAGAUGAUUCCUCAAAACUGUGGUGUGCACUAGGAGAAGGAAAAGUCGUUGUCUUCAACGCUUCUACUUGGUCUGUCCAACAACACAACGUUAAAGUGGGAAAUUCUAAGCUAAGGUGCAUGGUGGGAGUGGAGCAAAGUCAGGUUUGGAUUGGAUCCAGCGACUCUUCCAUUUACAUCAUAAACACUCACAGUAUGGUGUGUAACAAGCAGCUUACUGCCCAUCGGUCGGAAGUAGUCGAUAUUCUCUCAGAUGAUAAAAAGAUUCAGGACAGACUCUCCUUCUCCUGCAGCGUGGAUGGGAACAUUUUGGCCUGGGACAUCAGUACCCUGAAGAUACACCACAAAUUUAAGCUGGAGGGCCAUUCAAUAAACUCGAUGAGGCUCUACAAGGAUCUCCUCCUGUUCUGCACAAGAGAGUGCAUUCUUGUCACCAAAAAAUCAGGCCUAGUAUAUCAGAGGGUGGAAAUUGCCGAAAAUCUCAGGAAAGUGGGCUCUUCCUUUUCCGCCAUUCAGUUAUUUUCUCCGAAGGGUCAGCUGUGGGUGUCCUAUGCCGCAAAUAAUGAAAUAUCCGUCUUUGAUAUGAAUGACUUAUCCAGGCCUGCACACAAGGUCGUCCUUCAGGACUGUACUCAGAUCACUUGCAUGCUGAGAGUCAAACAUCAGAUCUGGGUUGGCAGCAAGGGCAUCUCCCAAGGCAAACAGAAAGGAAAGAUCUACGUCAUUGACGCAGAGAAGAAGACUGUGGAGAAGGAACUGGUUGCGCACGUGGAUAUAGUCAAAUCCCUCUGUUCGGCGGAGGACAGAUACGUUCUGAGCGGCUCCGGGAAAGAAGAUGGGAAAGUCGCUAUUUGGAAAGUAGAAGAUUCAUCUGUGAUAACUUUUCAGAUUUAAACUUAUUGCUGCUGUAGAAACUUCCGAUGCUGUGCCACGUGUCUGUGCCACGUUCCGCCAAGGGCCCCAAACUGAGCAACUGCUGCCGGACGGGAGGAACAGACCAAUCAAUAUCCGUGCAGUGUUCCCUCUGUUGCAUAAAGAGUUGUAUUAAACAGGAGACAUGUUCCAGAUGGAUUACAGUGGAUUAUAUAAUGGGCAGGUUAUACUCAAGCAGGGGAUUAUACAUAUAGCCCAGAUCUGGGCACCAGCUUCCCACAGUUCCUCUCAAUUCAUUUGGGUUCAGUUACUAACACUAAACAGCCUUGGUUACUUAGUGAUGUCAGCAGUCAUGUGAUUGGAAAUGCAUUGGAGCAAGCAGUCGCAUUCAGACUGAAUCGGCCUGAGUCAUGUGAUUGGAAAUGCAUUGGAGCAAGCAGUCGCAUUCAGACUGAAUCGGCCCGAGUCAUGUGAUUGGAAAUACAUUGGAGCAAGCAGUCGCAUUCAGACUGAAAUGGCCCGAGUCAUGUGAUUGGAAAUACAUUGGAGCAAGCAGUCGCAUUCAGACUGAAAUGGCCCGAGUCAUGUGAUUGGAAAUACAUUGGAGCAAGCAGUCGCAUUCAGACUGAAAUGGCCCGAGUCAUGUGAUUGGAAAUGCAUCAGAGCAAGCAGUCGCAUUCAGACUGAAUCGGCCUGAGUCAUGUGAUUGGAAAUGCAUUGGAGCAAGCAGUCGCAUUCAGACUGAAAUGGCCCGAGUCAUGUGAUUGGAAAUGCAUCAGAGCAAGCAGUCGCAUUCAGACUGAAAUGGCCCGAGUCAUGUGAUUGGAAAUGGGCCGGACGGUUCCACUCACGCUUGAAAGAAUCUCUGCUACAAGCCAAUCGGAAAGAAGGAAACUUGGGGCCCCCUGCUCAGAUAUCCACAAUUUUUAACUUUCUUCAACGGAUCCUUCAUUUACUCUGCCACUGGGAUAUCAUGAUGAUGAUGAUGAAGAUGAUGAACAAGACCUGUGUAUUUACAUUGAACCGUAAACAACACAACCUGCCGUGACAUAAACCACAAAAGUGGGUUUUUCACACUAGAAUUAUUUAAUUAAGGGAACGUUGCCCAGAGGGUUAACGUUCUGGUUUUAGGAUGUCGAGUUAUAUUCCGUUACACCAACAAACGACCAGAAAAACAUGGGACUUGUACAGAGCGGUUGGUAUUUAUUUUCCAUUGGUUUAAAUACUGUGUAUUUAUUUGUGUUUGUGCUGCUCGGCCUUGAAAAAUCUGAAUAUUUGGUGCAUCAGUGACAUCCAGGGUUCAGCUGUCGCCUCCAUAUGGCAGAAAGUUGCCGCGGGGAUGGCGGAGGCUUCAGAAUGGGGCCCCAAACUGACUCCAGAGCAGAUUUAGUCAGCGCAGAUCCAUCAUUUUAUUUUUUUUUGCCUUUGUAUUGGUAGUGUAAGGGAAAUAUAUAAAUAUAAUAAGGUGAAUGGGUAAUUAUUUCCAUGUUACUCUGUUUUACCUUAGCUUCUAUAUGGCAGCAUAGGGAUUCCCCUGUACUAAGCACAAUUCAGCAGGAACAGCCCCCUAAGUUUGCUCAUAGCCUGUACAGAGAGAUACCAUAAAACUAUGGCAGCAUAGGGAUUCCCCUGUACUAAGCACAAUUCAGCAGGAACAGCCCCCUAAGUUUGCCCAUAGCCUGUACAGAGAGAUACCAUAA